AUGUGGCCAUUUUCAUCAUAUCCCGAGAGCACAGCAAGUGAUGUAUCGGGACAAGCAUUCGACUACAUUGUUGUAGGCGGUGGCACGGCAGGAUGUCUGAUUGCGAAUCGACUCUCUGCCUCGAAUGCUUCAGUACUUGUUCUAGACAAAGGUCGAGUCAAUGCGGGUCUGCUGUCUAGGAUCCCGCUACUUGGCCCCCUGCAGCGAGGCAUCAACCGCCACCACGCUGAGCCCAACGCAAAUUUGCGUGGACGCCAUGUUCAACUCCUUGCUGGUGAAAUGCUUGGUGGGACAAGCCGCAUCCACUCCAUGGUGUGGAGCCCUGGUGGACGGCCCGAGUUUGACGGCUGGGCGCGAGAUCUGGGACUCGAUGAAUGGAGUUGGGAGAAGGUGGAGCCGGCUCUCGCCCGAGUUGAACAGGGCGUUCAACGAAGACAAGCGGGAGAUACGGGAUUGAUGCCGUAUGUGGACUCAGUGAUGGAAAGAGUCGGGCUGGGUCCUGGGGGCGGCAGAGGCACGCAGCGGUAUGCUCGCAGUGAGCUUUCAAUCGAUGGGCAAGGAGAGCGUAGCUCCGCUUUGACAUCGUGGUUGGAUGCCUCGGUUGUCAAAGAGAGGGAGGGACGACUGACAGUUUGCACGGGGGUCUUGGCAAGCAAGCUUGAGUUUGGCGAUGAUGGAACGAGCGUCACAGGAGUUUGGAUCAGACCAGCAGGAGGAGGCGAGGACGUUCUAGUCAAGGCUCAACGAGAGGUGAUUAUCUGCAGUGGUGUUUUCGGCACACCGCAAUUACUCAUGCUUAGUGGUAUCGGACCCAAGGACCAUCUUUCGGCUCAGAACAUUCCUAUAGUGCAAGAACACCCCGCUGUCGGCUCCCAUCUAAUCACCCAUGUACUCGUGCCAGUCAUGACACAGCUCCCACGCAAAUACACCCUGCACAUUAUUCAGACAGUGGCCAUUUUGUGGCACUUCCUGCUAUGGCUCUUUUCUGGGACCGGUGUUCUCUCUUCUAAUGGACAAUUCGGCGCCGCGUUCUUGCACUCCACCUCGAUCGACGACGAGACUAUGGCACUGCACGAUGCCAAAAUCGAAGACGCUCCUGAUUUGGAGGUCUUGAUAUGCCCCCUCAGCACGCUGAUUGAGCAUGGCGUCCCCGGCGUUCCAUGCAUGACAUGGUAUGCGGCUCUUGUGCAACCUUGCACAACCGGCAGCAUCGAACUCACAUCUGGACUUGAUCCAAAGAAGCCUCUCAAGAUCAAACUUCCCCUCUUGGUUGAUCCUCGUGAUAGUCCACGGUUGCGCAAGAUUGUGCGAUUUGCCAUGCGGCUAGCCUCCGAGUUUGCAAGCCCAGAAAAUGGGUAUCCACAUCCGGCGCCGUUUACCUUGGCCCCUGGGAUGGAUCUGGAGUAUCUCGACUCCAUGCUUGAUAAGACCAAAAGCAAGAGUGACAAGAAGAAGCUCUCAAAAGCAAUUCCACCUCCGAUGGAUGCAUGGAAGGCUGUAACGGACGAGGAAGUUGAUGAGUACAUAAAGAGAGUGGUCACAGGGAGCUACGAUCCCAUGGGCACAUGUCGAAUGAGCCUUACAAGAGAUGACGGCGUAGUAGAUCAGCAUCUCAAGGUUCACGGGAUAUGCAAUUUGCGGAUUGCAGAUGCAAGCGUGUUCCCUCGACCUGGAGGCGCAUCUAUCUCGGCAUCGGUUUACAUGAUCGCAGAGAGAUGUGCUCAAUUUAUCCUGGAUCAAAAUUAG